AUGGCUCUGGAGGAAUCCUCUGUACUGGAGGCACAGCUCAGCCCAGAAGAAUGCGGACGGCAGGGCUCUAAGGUGCCCAACAAGAAAAAGAAGAAAUGCAAAGGAAAGGCAGAGGCAGAGGCACCCGGGGAACCUGAGAAGGAAGGCGAGGUGCCCUUGAGGAAAGAAGCCAAGAUUGAAGAUCUCACCAAAGCUGGCCACCAGGCCCUGCAGCUUGGUGCCGUUGGAGAGGCCUUAUCAUGCUUCAAGAAGGCCUUUGCCCUCUCCUUGGAAACCUCAAGUGCCCAGGCCCGGAAGGUGUGCGCUUUCAACCUGGGUGCAGCCUACGUGGAGGCCGGGAAGCCGGAGAAGGGCCUAGAGUUCCUCCUCAAAUCCCACUCUGAGGAAGGGGAAGCCGGGGAGCAUCUCGGGGACCUUUUCUUCAACGUUGGGGCAGCCCACGAAGGCCUGCGGGAUUUCCCCAAGGCCUUGGAGUCUUUCCGCAAGGCCCAGGAUCACUACCACUCGGUCCAGGCUGGCAGCGAGGCCAGCACCUACAUGAAGAUGGGCUACUGCUACCUGGGCAUGGAAGACCCUUCGCGGGCCGCCCAGUGCUUCCAGGAAGCCGGCCGGGCCUACGUGGAAGUCGAGAGCCUAGAAGCCGCCGCAGUGGCCCUCAGCAAAGCCGGCAACUAUAUGCUUCAGAGCGGAGAGUAUGGCGCCAGCGACAUUGUCAAGGUGUUGAACGAGUGCCGCUUGCUGUGUGAGCGUCUCUCAAACAAAGCUCUGCUGGGUAUGUCUUAAGGGACCCUGAAAGGAAGAGUUUGGGUCAGCCACAUGAUGCCUGUGUACCAUAGGCAAAAACGUUCCUCUUUUAACCAGUCUUGUGGCUGAUUGACAUCCAAUGCCCUUUUAAAAUUUGUUGGGGAGUGGGGGAUUAUUAGGUGGUGGUUGUUGUUGUUUUUAUUAUGUAUUUUAUGUUUUUAUAUUGUGAUUUGCGCUUGUAUUGUAACUGCACUGGGACCUGCUGCUAAAGGCUGGUAUACAAAUUUAAUAAUAAUAAUAAUAAUAAUAAUAAUAAUAAUAGGGUUGCAUUUGUCUGGCCUCUUCCAGGUGGUGAGUCAAGGUUUUGAAUCUGCAAGUGGUCAAGAGUGCCAUACACUCUUGUGUGUGUGUGUAAUGACUAUGCAUGCAGAUUACAAGCUCCAGAACGGCAGGAGCUGGCAGCAAAUUAUAGUAUAGACCUUCUGGGUGGUCUGCCUUCCUCCACUCCCUCUCUACCAAUUAACCUGCAUCUCCAAGGUCAGCCUCUGUGACCUCACCAGGAACCUCCCCUAGGUCUCAGGUUUGGGCCCUGAGAUAUCAGGGGCUGAGAUGCUCCUGACCUGGCAACCUUAAUGUAUUACCUAGGAAUCAGGUGAGGUGGGAAGAGGCCCACCCAUUUGUCUCUAUGACAACAUGUCUUUGGACAUGUAAAUCAUGACACUUAACUGACCAACGAGGGCCAUUACCUUAACAAAGGAAUUAGUUGGACCUGUUCACCAGAUUCUCUCUUACACAUUCUGCCCUCACAGGUACAGGAUCACUUUUGAAAGGGACCCAUUGGCAUCAUUCAGACGGAACCCCCCAAACCUAUAAAACUAUUUUAAUAUUGAAUUGAUUCAUAUAUUUAUCAAUGUAUGCUGUUUCCUCUCUCUCUCUCUCUCUCUCUCCCACUCUCCCCACCCCAGGAAAACUCUAUAAUGACAUUGGGCUCUGCUUCUCCCAGCUCAAGAUCUUCUCCUUAGCAGCGGAAAGCUUUGAGAGAGCUCUUCCACUCUGCCAAACCGAUGCUGACGGCCGGUGUGAAGAAGCAGUCGUCCUUCAGAACCUUGGGGCUGCCCAUAACACCCUUGGGAACUUCCGGAAGGCUCUGGGGUUUCACCGGAGGGCCGCCUCACUACACAGUAAGUUGCUGUAGAGGACACCAAGCUGGCCCAGGUCACUUGUCCAAACGCCCAGAUGGGGUCUGACAAGAAGCACACAAAGUGAUGUAGAAAACAAGAGACAAAAAGGGGUACAGUGGUGAAAUCUGAGAUAAAGUAACACUUAAUAUUUUUUAAAGAGCCUUGUAAUCAGUAAAGAUUUAUUGCAUCAUGAACUUUGGGCAUCAAAUGCAUGGAAUGCUAUCCUCAGUGGGGAGAUCUGUUUACUGAAAGCAACAAAACAGCACUACAAAAACAAGGAGCCUCUGAAUUCUAGAAGGACAUGAGCCAACUUUAACCUCUUGGGCAAGUAGGGAGUGAAUAAAAGAUAGCAUAAGUAAAAAGAAGAAAAAUAUAUCUGUUCACCAGCCUUUGCCAACCUGGUGCCCACCAGAUGUUUCUGUCUACAACUCCUAUCAGCCCUAGCCAGCAUGGCCAUUUUGGACUACAACUCCCAUUAGCCCAGUCAGCAUGACCUUGCUGACUGCAGCUUAUGGGAGUUGUAGUCCAAAACAUAUGGAGAGCACCAGGUUGGUGAGCGCUGUCCCCUCAUAUUUGCAGCAUUAUUCUUUUUCAAGUUGAUCUCCUCCUCACUACUGCUGUUGUUUUCAAAGUUGUCUGUUUUGAAGCAGGGACUGGUUGAUUUUUGCCAACAAAGCUCUUUAAGGCCCCAUGUACACUGGUGGAACUUAAUAUGAUGGUGAUAUCAGAAAACUGGGCAGUUCUUUUGAAAACAAAAAUGGCUGUGCCUCAGAAUUCAGUCCCUGUUCAACAAUCCUUUUACUAGCUGCCUAACUACACAUUGGGACGUGGGUGGCGCUGUGGGUUAAACCACAGAGCCUAGGACUUGUCGAUCAGAAAGUCGGCGGUUCAAAUCCCUGCGACGGGGUGAGCUCCUGUUGCUUGGUCCCAGCUCCUGCCAACCUAGCAAUUCGAAAGCACGUCAAAGUGCAAGUAGAUAAAUAGGUACCGCUCCGGCGGGAAGGUAAAUGGCGUUUCCGUGCCCUGCUCUGGUUCACCAGAAGCAGCUUAGUCAUGCUGGCCACAUGACCAGCUGUAUGCCAGCUCCCUCGGCCAAUAAAGCGAGAUGAGUGCCGCAACCCCAGAGUCGGUCACGACUGGACCUAAUGGUCAGGGGUCCCUUUACCCUUUUUAAUUACACAUCUUGGAUUGAACAUUAUCACCUCCUGUGUAUUUUACAACAGAGUGACAGGCAAAAACCCAUCAGGUGAAGCUUUUUCCUGGCCCAGAUGUCAAGUGAAAGGGAACACUUUGCUCCCCCUCCCCAAUCUCUCUGUGUGAGGCACAAGAGUGGGGCCUGUGAAAACAAAAAAAUUGUUCAGCAAUAGGUGGAACGCUUCAUGGAACCCACAAUUUGUGGAUAUUUUUGUGCAGGUGCCCUGGGAAACAGGAGAGCUCAGGGACAGUGUUUUGGCAACUUGGCCUAUGCGCUGAGCCAAUUGGAUGACCACGAAGCUGCUGGGGAACACUAUCUUCAUGCGCUCCAAGCCUUCAAGGACUCAGGUGAGAAAUGAGCUGUGGAGACGGGAAAGAUGGAAGAGAGAUCCAGGGAAAGUGUUUUCCCACCCUGCAUCACCAAGGCCAAAGGGGGUUGUAACUGUUUUGUAAAAAGCAGUGAAGGCAGGUCCAAACUCAUAUAUUAUUAUUAGAUUUAUCACCACCCUUCAGCAGCAAAUCCCAGGGCAGGUUACAACAAUUUACAAUUCAGAAUGAAAAACAAUUAAAACAUAAUAUAUUCAGAAAAAUAGGGAGCAUCCUGAAGACACACAUCUCAGGUGUCAAAGGCCAGCCUAAAGAGGCCGGAUAGUGAAGAGGUGAGACGCAACUCUGUGGAGAGUUCCACAAUUUAGAGGCCGCGGCAGAGAAGGGCUCUUCCAGUGGCCACCCCCUAAACCUAUCAGGGUGAUGGAACUACUAAUAGGACCCUCUCUGUUGCUCUUAAUACCUGGGAGGGUCUGUAGGGAAGGAGGCAGUCCUUCAGAUAUUUGGUGCCUAAGUCAUUUAGGGCUUUGAUUAGUAAUGCGAGCACCCUGAAUUGGGCCCAGCAAAGAACUGGCAGCCUAUAACAAGUGCCUCUAUCCAUGGGGCACUUCUUUUCACUUUUGUGUUUCUGUUUACCUUACCUAAGGCCAACCUAAAGGGCCAAAGCCCCUAGGCUGCAUUCUUCCUGGAAGUAGCUGGGGGAGCUGUUGACAGGGAAUCUGGCUUCUGAAAGUUUCCUAAACGUAAGAUACAUGUCGUAACUGGCAGCAGAACUCUGGUUAGGAACACAAUACGUAAGAGGAGUAACAAUAUAUAUCACACUUUUGCCCUCCCACUGUGGCAUUUGAUAACCAUGUGUUCACUUACUCUCAUUCAAGUUUGAAAAUCAGGCUACAAGGGAUAGAAGGAUCCACCAAUUUCAUUUCUCUGUUUCUCAUUUGUCAAGUCUUAAAUUCAGUCCUUCACAUUGUUCAGCAAUUUGCAAUGGGUUUUUUUAAUAUAUAAAAAAAUCCUCAUGAAAAUUCAUCAGCAUUUUGGUGCAAAUUUCUCUUAAUAAACACCUGUGUGCAGUUUUGACAUGUGCACAUUUUUGUGAGCAAUCUUGCAUUUGUGCAUGGUAUUUUCACAAAUAGGGACUCGGGUGGCGCUGUGGGUAAAACCUCAGCGCCUAGGACUUGCCGAUCGCAUGGUCGGCGGUUCGAAUCCCCGCGGUGGGGUGCGCUCCCAUUGCUCGGUCCCAGCGCAUGCCAACCUAGCAAUUCGAAAGCACCCCUGGGUGCAAGUAGAUAAAUAGGGACCGCUUACUAGUGGGAAGGUAAACGGUGUUUCCGUGUGCUGCGCUGGCUCGCCAGAGCAGCUUCAUCACGCUGGCCACGUGACCCGGAAGUGUCUGCGGACAGCGCUGGCUGCCAGCCUCUAGAGUCAGAUGAGCGCACAACCCUAGAGUCUGUCAAGACUGGCCCGUAUGGGCAAGGGUACCUUAUUUUCACAAAUAUCCCAAUUUUUAUGCUUUCCCUUAAAACGUGGAUUCUUUUGGAACCAAUUGUUUAGCAGGAGAGCUGCAUCACAAAAUUCAGAUAAGGAAGAAUUUCAAAGGCUAGCUGUGUUUCGGUUUGCAUGCUGUUUUGGAAAAUGAUAAUUUGCUUUAAAUGUGAACUGACUCUCAUUUCUCCCCCAACGCUACAGACAACAGAACAAGUGGCUGUGUGGCCACUGUCCCAGCCAACCCAUUAGCAGCUGGCCUCCAGAACUUAGAGAUGUAACUGCUGUGACUAGCUGUCCAUUUGUUACUGAGCCAGGUUCAUAGUCCUUGCAUUCAUUUACAAAGCCCUAAACCUCUUAGGUCCAGGGUCCGCUUUAACCCUUCUAUCCCAGCUCAUUCAUUGAAGUAAUCUGCAGGAGUGCCGUUUGUAAUUCCCUGAGUUGGCAAGUCUCAUUUGAUGGCAACAGGAACCUGAGCCUUUUGUGUCAUCGGUCCAGCCCUGUGGAAUACUCUUCUGAUAGACAUUCAGCCAGGGAUCAACCAUGGCAAAAACAACAGGAAAUGAGAACAGAAGAUAUGGAACUGGGUGCAAACAGAUGAAUACAUAAUAUGUAAAGAACUAUAGGAUCACAGAAGAGAGUCUCUUGUGGACAAAGAUGGAAAGACUUAUUAUUGUUAAAUAUGGAGGAAUGGUUGUUGAAGUUAUUGGAGACAAAGCUGGUAUGUUUGGUUACUUUUAAACAUCUGCUGAAAACUUUUCUAUGCCACUGGAUCUGUGCAGACAAUUAAGAGUUCAUUCUUCCACAGUAGUCUAUUUCUGCUUUGAUAUUUUUUAGAAAGAGCAGUAUCAAAAUAUUUUUUAUAAGUAAAACAAAAUAAAUAAUAGGGGGCUCAUUUGUCUGUUCUUCAGACUGAACCCUGCUCUGCUUCUCUCCAACCCCUUCUCCUCCUUUUCUGCACAGGUGACCUUCCAGGCCAAUGGCAAGCUUACGAAGGGCUUGGGGCAUCGCACGCUCACCUGAGAGACCCUGGCAAAGCCAUUUUGUAUUACAAAGAGGCACUUACCUUGCUCUCUAAAUGCCAGGUAAGGCUUGUUGCAGUAGCUGGUUCUGCAUUUAAAUUUCAGCCAGUAUUUUGAUUAUACAAAAUGAACCUGUUGCUGACAUGCUGUUUAAUGGACUUGAUCAAUGUGCAUUCAGAAUUUAGGAAUUUGGAGUAACUGAUGGCAUUUCCAGACUGUCACUCUUUUUUGGGUGGGAUUCAGUCACAUACUGGCAAAUUCAGGUUGUGCAAUUAUGGUUGGGUAUUUUUCAAAUUUAAUUACAUAAUUGAUUUAUAUCCCCUGCUUGCUCCUGAAGGAGUGCAGGGCGGUGGACAGAGCAAUGGUUAAAAAUAAAAAAAGGUAAAGGACCCCUGACAGUUAAGUCCAGUCACAAACGACUCUGGGGUUGCGGCACUCAUCUCGCUUUACAGGCUGAGUGAUCUGACGUUUGUCCGCUCCGCAGACAGUUUUUCCGGGUCAUGUGGCCAGCAUGACUAAGCCACUUCUGGCACAACGGAACAUCGAAACCAGAGCAGCGCAUGGAAUCACCAUUUACCUUCCCACUGAAGUUUAUCUACUAGCACUUUUUUGGGUCCUUUCUGCUUGGUUGGCAGGAGCUGGGACCGAGCAACAGGAGUUCACCCCAUCGUGGGAUUUGAACCGCCGACCUUCUGAUUGGCAAGCCUGGGAGGCUCAGUGGUUUAGACCACAGCACCACCCGCAGCAUCGCAAAAUAAAAUCUAAGAACAGUUUUAAAACAUUCUAAAAACAGUUAAAAACAUUUUCUCACUCCAUGGCCUCAGGGGGCCAGGAACGGUGUCUUUCAGCUGUCAAACGCCUAGGUGAACAGGAAUAUUUCUAAAUUUCUCCUGAAAUUUAACAGUGAGGAAGACAAGAUGCACCUCACUAGGGAAGGCAUUCCUCAAAUGAGGAACCACUAUGGAAAGGGCUCUGUCACAAGUCAGUGCCAGCCAAGCAGUCCUUAGUGGCAGUGCCUCCAACAAGACCAUGUGGGACAUGGGAUGUCAUGCACAACAAACUCGCUUCCCCAGAAGAUCAGACUUGUAGUGAUGAGGAAAGUGUUGGGGAAAUUGGCUGGAAAGUGUGCGAUAGCACUUGCGUUGAUGCAAUUUCUCGUAACCUCUACACAAAGAAAAUCAGGAGAAAUGAUACACAGAUCAUCUGGAAGUGUCCUAUGUCUGUUGCAAAUUUGCCUGAGGUGAACAAUGGUUGUUGCCUGUUAUUGCCCUCGUUUCAAAGAUCAGUAGAUGUGAGACCCAGAUCCUUGAGGUGGUAUUUGCUUCUAACAACAAGCAGUUAUAAACUUGUAAGCUUUCACCCCUUUUAGAGAAAACCGUGCCUUUUCAUCUCAGAAACCUGAAAAGAACAACCAGUGAACCUACACCAAGGCUCCAUAGCUCUAAUACACUGGCUAGUUAGUUGAUUAACUAAAGAAAAUUGUGAAUCCGCACUAACUUCGCUGAACCUAUUACAUACAGUGGUACCUCGGGUUACAUACGCUUCAGGUUACAUACGCUUCAGGUUACACACUCCGCUAACCCAGAAAUAGUGCUUCAGGUUAAGAGCUUUGCUUCAGGAUAAGAACAGAAAUCGGGCUCCGGCGGCGCAGCGGCAGCAGGAGGCCCCAUUAGCUAAAGUGGUGCUUCAGGUUAAGAACAGUUUCAGGUUAAGAAUGGACCUCCGGAAUGAAUUAAGUACUUAACCUGAGGUACCACUGUAUAUCUUUUCUUUAAUGCCAGGAUGUCUCAGGAACAGCCCAGGAGCGAAUUGUGAACAAACUUACAGAUGCCCUCCAGAACAAACUGUCUAUGAACAGCAAUUUCUUCCAUGGUGGGGGGAUUCUUCAGUCUGCUUCCAUGGUGAGUUCCCUGCCUGCCACCUUGUGCCAUUUUGUUGGCAUUAAACAUGUGAGCCCCUGCCCUACCUACCAUUGGACAAGCAUUUGCAAUGUCACGGAAUGUUCACAAACAUUAAUUACUGAUGAGGAAAGGUGGUUGUUGUUGCUGUUAUUAUUAUUAUUAUUAUUAUUAUUAUUAUUAUUAUUACUACUACUAUUACUAUUACUAUUACUAUUAUUUUAUACCCCGUCCCUCUGGCUGGGUUUCCCCAACCACUCUGGGCGGCUUACAGCAUGCCCAGAAACAUAAUAUAAACAUCAAGCAUGAUGAGCAAACCAUGUCGGUUCUCUGAGGCAAGUUAAAAAAAAUUGGGGGGGGAGGAUCACAUGGGACCCAGAUACAGACUGAAGUCUCCCACAUGUUUAUAGCAGUCCACAUCUGUUUUAACAGCUGUGCUAGAAUCUUCUAACAUGUUACACAGAGGGAGAACAGCCAGGUAAGAAGAAAAUAACAGCGCAAAACUAUACUUCUGCUGCUGUUUCACUUCCUCCUAGUGAGAAAAAUAAUUGAAACUUGUAGAAGUAUUUUUUUUAAGUCAGGGGGUUGGGCUAAAUCAUCUUCCUCCCAACCUGGUGCCCUCCAAAGAUGCUGGACUCUGACUACCAUCUGGGUUAACCAGAAUGGGAUGAUGUCUAAAACAUCUGGAGGGUAUGAAGUUAGGGAAGCCUGGGCCAGAUUGUCCAUUAGGACUCUAGCUAUGACUGUUUCUCUCUCUGCUCAGAAACAGCUUCCUACAUCACAGACCUCAAGCCAGGUUCGAUUUGCUAUGUUGCCACAUCGUAAGAAUGAGAGCCUCCCUCCCACGCUGUGCCACGCCGGCGAAUCGUAAGUAAGGGAAAUGUGCAUGUUAUGGUGCCUCUGUCCAAGUUCUCAUCUCCUUACUGUCCCUCUCUCCCUAGACUGAUUUCCAGAGAUGAGAGAGAAUACAAAUUAUUGAAAUAAUAAGUGGACUGAAUAACUUGGCAAAAUUUACAAGAUAAUAGGACCAGAUUUAUGAUUUAUAAAUGUAUGGAAAACAGCCCAUGAGGUAGCAUACUGAAGAGGGGAAAGAAACAGACACUUUCUAUGCCACUAGGUGGCCGUUUUUUACACAUAUUAACAUGUCCAGAAUGGAGAACGCCAUGGGCUUAUUCACACAUCCAUUUGCCCCACCAGUACUGCCCUGGGAACGCCAUGGUUUAGCACUGAAUUGAGUUUUCCGCAGACUGCCGUUGGUUCCAAUUUAGUGCCAAAGAGCAGGUUGUCCGGGGGGAAGUGGCGGGGCAAAGUCUGUCUGAGUUGAGGGGAGAGUGGCACUGUUUGCGGUGGUUCCAGUACUCCUUGGAGAGACAUUUCCAGAGGAAGCUGCUUGGGGACUGUUCUUUGGCCCCAUGGAGCCUUUGGUGUGGUGUUCCUCGGGGUUUGAUUUUAUUCCAUGUGUUCUUGUUUCCAUUAUGUAUUUUGUGUUUUCAUCUGGUAUUUUUAUGUUGUGAACCACCCUGAGAUCUACGGGUGAAGGGCAGUAUACAAAUUUAAUAAAUUAAAAUAAAUUAAUUAAAAAGUGAUUGUCCCAUGCCUAGAAAGCACAGGACAAGUGGGAGUGUGGGCGAGUCUCAUGCCAUUUGCUUCAGUACUUCCUGAUAGCUUUCCCUUUGUUAAAACUACGUUCCUUUAGGUGACAUAGACUAGGAUGAUAUGAUGUUCAAGCUCCCUGUUGAAGGGAAAACAAUAAUAGGCAGUAAAUGAGCAUGACUGAAGAUCUUACAAUAGAGUAUGGACAAGAAUACUUUCCUGGUUUCUGGCAAGAGAAGGGAGGAUGUUUAACAUUUUCUCGUUGCAUGGUGUUUAUCUUUUUCAUUUAAUGUAUAUUAUCUCAAAGUCAAUUAAAAAUACGCUCCAAAUAUUUUAUUAGAAAUAACACAUGAACACUGUUUGGUCACGGCUGAUCUUUAAGAAAUCCUGAGCUUACAACCCCCAGAUUAAAAGAAGAUGGUCACACACAGGCACCAUCACAGGCUCAGAAUGAACAUCUGUAUUGUCUGAAUAUCACACCUCUGUUUCGUGACUCUUUGCAGCUCUGUCACACAACAAUGCCACCAGGCGCAGCCCAUAGAAGAGCAGUCUGCACUGGCCCCAUGGAACCAGAGCUCUUCUCAGUGGGGGGAAAUGGUAGUCCCUCAUAGCAGCCAUCUGAAACCACAGCAGGCUGCCCAUGGAGCAUCAGGUAACCCCCUUUCUACUUCUGGUCCUGCAGUCUUCCCUGCAUGGUGCAAUUUUUUCCCCUGGUACAGAGAUGGAGGCUCAAGUCAGACAUCAGGCCAAACCAUGGUUAUGAAUAAGAAACCAUGACUUGCUAUGUAAGGCUUGCCAACCAAGGUUUGUGCCAACCGUGGUUUGGUGUGAUGCAGAUCCACACCACACAAUCUAAAGCACAUCAGAUGCACAUUUAAAGCACACAACCUCCCUCAAAUAAUCAUGGGAAAUGUACUUUGUUAAGGGUGCUGGGAACCGCAGCUCUGUGAAGGGCAAACUACAGUUCCCAGGGCUCUUUGGGGGAUAUCACAUGCUUUAAAUGUACAUUGGAUGGGCUUUAAAUGUAUAGUGUAGAUCUGCCUGGGACUGACAGACUUAUAGUUUUGGGUUUUCCUCAACCUGCAGAGGUAACUGCAGCUUGAGAUGGUUAUGCUGAGCAGCUCUUAACCAUGGUUGGCCUGUGGUGAAUAUGGAAGCUCAAACUGUGGUUAGUACAAACCUUGACUUAGUGUGAUGUGUGAAGACAAGAACCAAAUUUGGUGGUGAAAUGUUGAACUUGCAGUUGAGGUGAAAUAGGUAGAUGAGGUAGGUCAACCUUUUGAGGACAGUGGAAUUUUGAGCAAGUGCUGUCACAAAAUGUCUGCAGUGGUGGUGUGGCAAAACGCAAAAUUACUGUCACAUCUAAAAGAGCAGAAAGAGAGACAGCACCACAAAAUGGUGUGGGUAUGUCCCCCCCAUCAGCCUCCCCAUCAAUGGGAAAAGGCACCCGCAUUAGCUGUGCUACAUGGGCUCACAGAGAGCAGCUCUUUGCACAUACCCUCCAUUCAGAUCAAAGGGAGGUCCUGGCUUCCAAUGAAAUGAGGGUAUGUUUAAAGGGAGCUUGUUCAAUAUGGGAUAGUCUGAGUCAAUGCAAACAGGAAUUGAGCAGGAAGAGAAAACAGUCCUUCAUGCAUUGUGUUUUGAGGGGGUAUUUACUGAGACCUUUCAUGGGCACCAUAACAUUGGUGAUGCAUCCGCAGCUUUGCCUCUCAACCACUUUGCCUCUCAACGCUUUAUCUUCCUGUAGUGUUGGUUGCUGCAACACAUGGAGACAGGAUCUCCACUCCUGGAAUUCCAAACGGACGUGCCAUGUUUGUCAGCAGUAGCACUGAAGACACCAAGCAGCCCAUGGGGACUUCUGCCUAUCGCAACCAGACACAGGCUAACAGGUCAGCUCAGAAGCAAUAGCUGCUCCCCAAAAGGUGCUGGCACUGGGUAUAUCUGCACGUGCCCUUAAUUUCGAAAAAGGAAGGUGUUCAAAACAUAUUUUCCUUUAAUAGUUUAGAACAUUUAUUUACCUUUUUUGCAAUAAAUAAAUAGCAACAAAUUCCCUUACUCUUCAUCUGAUCUGCCAUCACCCUGCCUCUGCACCAAACCAUGGCUGAGUGUUAAGUCAUACUCAGAGUAGACCCAUUGAGCUCAAUGGACAAGUUAGUUGGACUCAUCAAUUUUCUUUGAGUCUGCUCUGAGUAAGUGGAGUCAACCCAAGGCAAGAAUGAUUUGGGGAAGGAGAAGGCCUGUUUUUCCAUGAGCAUUUCCACCCACAUUCUCCCUUCCAAAUGUUGUGCGUUUGUAAAAUUUAAAAAAACAGAGGAGGAAACAGUGAUUCUGGAAAUCAGAUCUCAGUGACAUCCUUUAUUCUUUUCUAGCAAUCUCAAUGCUUUUCUGCACCUGGAUCCCUCCUGCCACAACUGCUUACAGAACAGGAAGUCCCACAAUUCACAACUAAGUAAGUACAGUGGUGUCUGCAGGGCUCUUGCUCAGAAGGGGCAAAACCAGGGCUUUUUUUCAGACAGAACUCGCCGGAACUCAGUUCUGGCACCUCUCAGGUGGGUGCCAUUGUCAUUAUAAGAGAACAAAGGGAGGCGUUCAUGGUGAGAUCUGGCACCUCUUUUGCUAAAAAAAUAGCACUGAGCAAAACCUUAACCAAAUUUUGAAGGAAAGCCUUUCUUUCAUCUGUCCUGAAGCUCAAUCCAGAUUAAGACCAAGCUACUGUUAGUGGGUGGUUCUGGGAGAUGGCUUGCUUGGGUCAGAAACUGAGGAGGCCUGUUGCAGAAAAAUCUUGCCUUCCCAAAGUGAAUAUUUCUAAGUAGGACAAACAGCAUGGCCUGUCAUGGCUUUCCCCUAAUUCAAAGGUUCUGAGACCUUCUGUCCCUAGGGCUCACUUGAGAGAGGUCUGGAAAUUACUGUAGACCACGAGUCACAAAAUGGUGGUGGAGGUAGAGUUUGGCAUAACCAGCUUGCAAUUUACUAACAUAGGCCAUAUUCACACCAUACAUUUAAAGCACUAGGAUACCACUUUAAACAGCCAUGGCUUCCCCUCAAAUAAUCUUGGGAGCUGUAGUUUGCUAAGGGUGGGGUUACCAUCCAUAUCUGAUAUUCUCAGGGAACUCUGGGAAUUGUAGCUCUGUGAGGGGGAAUGUUGGCCUCCUAAUAACUCUCAACACCCUCAGCAAAGUACAGCUCCCAGAAUUCUUUGCAGGAAGCCACAGCUGUUGAAAUUGGCAUCAUAGUGCUUUAAACAUAUGGUUUGGAAAUUGUUGGGAGUAUUUGCCACAGUACUUUGGGUGUGGCAAGGCCAUUCCACAGUCCAUUUGAGAAACACUGCCCUAAACUCUGGUUUAUGCUGCUGUUUUUAUGUCACCCAGCAGGCCCCCACGAGUGUGAGUCUGGUCAACUGAGAGCAAGGGUCUUGGAGAGGUAGGUUGGUUCACACGAUGUAUAAUAAGGAUAAUAAUUUAUUUAUUUAUACGCUACCCAUCUGGCCGGGUUGCCCCAGCAACGCUGAGCGGCUUCCAACAAAUUAUAAGACCACAGUGAAAAACUUCCCUGUACAGGGCUGCCUUCAGGUGUCUUUUAAAAGUCAGAUAGUUGUUUAUUUCCUUGACAUCUUAUAGGAGGGCAUUCCACAGUGUGGGCGCCACUACCAAGAAGUCCCUCUGCUUGGUUCCCUGUAAUCUCACUUCUCACAAUGAGGGAACCGCCAGAAGGCCCUCAGAGCUGGGCCUGAGUGUCUGGGCUGAAUGAUUGGGGUGGAGACGCUUCUUUUCAUGUACAGGGCGGAAGCCCAAGGCACUGUCCACCCAGUGACCCGCCUUACCAGCCAAACACAUUUUGGCACCUAAGGCGAACCACAAAAUGGUGCCUCCCCCCUCCCUCCCUCCGCCAGCCAUGGAAGAAGGGGUGAGUGAAGCUCUACAUCAGGAACAAAGGGGGAAUAAAAAUCUCCACUGGAAGCAAGGGUGGGAGGAGACCAGCAGUGGCUCCUAUUUGCCAUGAUGCCACUGUGGCAUAGCAUGGGGGGAGGGGUUUGCCAAGGAGAAGGCAGAUCCAGCCUCCAAGGAGUGCAUUGCAGCAGUUGCUGCCACUGUGGCAGCAGCAGCGGGUGAUGCAUUCCUUGGAGGUCGGAUCUGCUGCCUCUGGGGAUCCUGUCCACAGAGGCGGCCACCUCACCUCAGUGGUGGACCUACAUUUUCUGGGCCUCUUCGCAAUCAGCAACGACGUCUGCAUAAUCGCUCUUGUCUAUUUCAAUGGGGUUGUUUACAACCACCUCUACAAUAUUUGGGUUACUGACUCUCAAACUUUGGGAUUGGUGAAAUACAUACCAAUUUAUUUAUUUAUGAAUCAAUUUGAGUCAUGUGGCAAAAAUUGGCUCUACCAAACCCAUUUUUUAAAAAAGCAGCAUGGAUUGAAGUUGCACUGACUGGCAGCAGUGGCUGUCCAGGGUUUCAGGCAAGAGCCUCUCCUAUCCUAGUUUUCCUGGAGAUGACAAGGAUUGAACCUGGGACCUUCUGUAUGCAAGGCAGAGACUCUACCACUGAGCUGUGGCCCUUCCCUUCCCUCGAGGACCCCUGCUGUGGUGGUCCACAGAGAAGUUUUGGAACUCGCUUCUUCUCUUUUCUUUCCAGGGCUGCACCAACUCCUGCCAGACCCUUUGCCAGCCAAAGUUUGGAGCCUCGCCGCCAGCAAGGAUGGGGGAACAGGUUCAAGUCCAUAAUAUGUGCUCUGAUGUGACAGGUGUGUCUUGCUGCUGAAUUGACUGUCCGAUGGGAGCUUUAGAAGGGUCUUGAUGCUCUUCAGGUCCAAACCACCAUUCGUAAGCUGUGGCACACCGCUUUUCUGAGGAACACAAGUGCUCUUCCGGGCCCGGCCAAAGUGGGACCACCUAGUCCAGCAUCCUGUUCCCAGCACUGGCUGGCCGAGUGCUUCUGGGAAGUUCACGCACAAGGCAUGAAGGCCACCCCAGGAUUAAUUGGGUCCCUCAACAUCAUUGGUGCUCUGAUAACACCAGUUUAGUCGCAUUGGAAACUGCCUUGUUAGACCACAGAUCCAACUGGCUCACGGCUCACUACUAGCUAUGUGCACAAAAUUUCUUAUAAAGUAUUGUGUGUUUAAUGAGAUGAUCAAAAUUACAUAUCAACACAUCACCAACCCUCCAGAACUUGCAUUACUGAAUCUGUAAUGCAACUGUGCUUCAUGGAUAAACCACUAAUUGGAUUUCUUUAAGGGGCCGCACCUAUGGCUCUAGAUAGACACAUGAUGGAAGGACUUGAAAGGGACAAGCGUGAGUGCUUGCUACAAGAGAGGAUGGCAUAUUGCCCUUACAGAAAAAACUGACUCACCAGUUUAGACCAGCAAGGGGAACAAAGCACAAAGUAUGAUUGCUAUUGUGUGCCCUCCUAGAAGCAAGCGCACACUGGGUGAGAUUCUGCGAGCGUUUGUGGAAUUAUGCCCUGGACCAUAUCAUUUUCAAAUCUUCUCUUUUUUUUGUAAUAAUACAUCCUGCUACACUAGUGUCACUUCACACAAGUAAUCUCCUUUCCAUAUACAUGUAUCUCAUGUGCCCAUAAGAAAAUUGCAUAAGCCCAAAUUUGUUACCAAAUACCUGGCUGGAAUGCAUGUUACGAAACACACAUCAAAGAUGUCUGAAACAAUUGGGUUGCUGCUAAUAUUACCCAAGUAUGGGCUAUGGAGUAAAUUAAAUCUCUUAUAGAUGCC